AUGGGUACAGGAGCAAGCAAAAAAAAUGCGAGGGCAACAGUAAAUGCAGGGAUUGUAGCAUCCAAAUGGAUGACCAAUACUCGCUCAUCUACGCGAGAAUCCAUCGCAAUAAACAUUGGAGUAGGUGACAAAGCGGAAGAUCCAGGAAAUGUGAAAGACAUCAAGGCCAAGUCUGUUGGAAGGUAGCUGAUGUCUUACGUAUUUUUAACUCUUGAAAAGCUUCGAGCACCUUGAAGUAUAUCUUUUUUAAAUUACAAAUUAGUUAUGUAGGAUGGGUUAUUUGAUUGAGCAUGAUUUUUCAUCGUGUCGAUCGCUAGAAGUUAUAUAACGGGCAAUAUCAGCUUAAGUCAUUUGCUUUAAAUAACACUGAAUUUAACGGAACUGAACAGCCAUUCACAUAUGGCCGUCUUACCAGUGCCAAUGUAACUUGUCGAUGGUCUGUCCAAAAAAAGUGUAGGAUCCAGGACUUGAGCUGAGGGGACCCCACUCUUCAGAAAAACAUUCUCUAAAAAUAAGGGGGAGGCCUCCCCGGUCCUAAAGAGUGCAUGGGGUCAGGUAAUAAGGAAAAGAAGGAAAUAUUGGGAUCAAACAGAAAGUUAUCUUUCUUUCAAGCAAAAGUAUUGCUGGUCCUGAAUCUUCCCUAUCCCGUGAAAAGUUCCAGUUUAGUUUUCCUACUUUUCUUGAAAAUUUUUCAUUUUUCAGUCUCUCCUUCCUCCCAGAAUUUCCUCUGAACCUCACCUAAAUUUUCAUUAAAUUUCAAUGAACAUUUUAGGUGAAUUCCAUUUGUUCAAACUCAUGUUAAUGAUACCAGUUUCAAGCUUUCGCAGCCAUUUUUCAGUAAAUGGAACUGAUCUGUGCCAAGGGUAAAUGUGAUCCCAGGAUAAAAUUAACCAGUCCUGAAUUUUGCUUACAAGUUAAAUUAUUUGAACUAACUGCUUUACCCAUGAAAAAGGUUAAAACUUCAUGUCUAACAAGAGUGCAUCUCACACCAUCCAUUUUAAUUUUUUCUUAAUUUGGGCAUGAUUCCAAAAAUACCCAUAUGAACCCUAAGAAGGGUCUGAUCAAACCCACAUUAGGGAAAGUUCAUUUAAUAUGACAAGGGGGGGGGAUGAAGAUAUUGAGGGGGGGCUCUGAAAAUUUUUAGACACCUGAAGGGGGGGCUCUGAAAAAAUUGUUGCGCUAGGAGGGGGCUCCGAAAAUUUGUAUACUUCAAAACCAACACAUGACAUCAUCAUACAGGUCGGAUGGUUUUCAACUCAACAAUUUAAUGACCUGUGCAACUCAGCUAUAUCACGUGGUUUACAGAUAUAACAAAUGUAGUCUCAGUAAUUACUACACUCUUGUUCAUCCUAAAAAUGCUUUAGAAAAUUGUAUCACAACUGUAUCUCAAGUUUGUCAUAGUAUAAACCAUUGAAGACAAUAACGGUAAAUAUAUUUAAUACAGUCUAGCGAUCUUUUUUCAGGGGAGCAAAGGAAUUGAAGGAGGAGGGGGGGGGCUCUGAAAUUUUUUCGACUACCAAGGAGGGGGCUCCUAAAAAAUUGAACCGCUAGCAAGGGGGGCUGCUAAAAUUUCAAGCUUCGAGUUUCAAUAUCUUCAUCCCCCCCCUUGUCAUAUUAAAUGAACUUUCCCUUAAGAUUUUGGAACAUUCCAUGCAGUAAAACAGGACUACCUUUGCAGAUGUUCUGUUCUUCUGGGAAGUUGUCUAAUGAAGUGACCCAAACACUCAUGCUUCUAUUUACACCCCAACUGGAAAUUCUAAAACCUGAAAGCGCCCAAUGCAAAGUCUUUCAACUUAAUCCUAUCUGACUCCAGUACUGGCUGUUAAUCUCAGGGAGCUUACAACUAACAAGACCAAAGCCACCGCAAGUCCUGUUGCUUCCAAAAAAGUCAAGGCCAAAGACAAACCAUCUGAAGUUAAAAAUCAUUCCACAACUAAUGUGAAACCAAGUAAAUCUGGUGAUAAAGGCAAAACAGCUGCAAAGAAAGCUGAAAAGACUACAGAAAAAAAGAACCUCGCAACAAAUUCUCCUUCAAAAGAAAAGAGCAAAGAUCAAGGAAGGAAAGGUCGAGCCGGCAGUCUGCUAGUAUCACCAACGUGAGCAUUGUUAUUGUCCUUUUAGACCAUGAAUAGUCGCCCAUUGAUCAUGCCACUGUAAGGUCAAUUUUAUUGUGGGUACUCAAUCUACUCAUGUGUUCUUUUCAUUGUUUUUGAUUUGUUUUAUUCACUUUUAUAAUGAUUAACUUUAAUAAUUGUGGGAUGCAUUUUCAAAAAUAAUUAUAUUACAUUGUAUUCUUUUUAAAAGGUUUAUCUAAAGUGUUGCACAGUAACCCCAACAAAUUUUUUUCAAGGGUAGAGAGCCUGUGCCACAGACAAAACUAAAGCCCCAUUUACAUGGCAGAAAAUUUUUGGCGCGGCUUGGAUGAAAGUGGUACGCGUACCAAAAAAAUAGUACUGAUUACUCAUUUAAUCUUUCUUUUUUCUACCGUGCUAAACGAUGGUUCUGGGCCCCUCAGUCUAUGUGGGCCCAGGAUUUGACCAGGAUUUGAGUAUGUGACAUGAUUGGCCUGUUAAAAAAGCCUGUUGUCAAAUUCUUUAUCAGGAUGAAAGGAAAUUCACUGAAACAUACUUCCAGUUAUGAUUAUUUAUUUCUUGCACUGGGGGAACAGAACAAAGAUAUCAGUGCUACUUUGCAAGGUUAAAUUACAUCUGCGAUACCAAUGCAGGCGAAAGGGUGGAGGGCUUGGUUAAUGGUAGAAUGGUAUAAAUUGACAUAUACAUUUUAUUGUUUUAUAGGUCAGAUCUAUCCCAGAAAGGGGAGAGGGUUUUACAAGGCAUAAUAGAUGAAAAUUGCCCUGUCAACUCAAGGGUCAUUCGCAUCUUUCUUAGUUCUACUUUUACUGGUAAUGACAUGUUCACAUUAACAAAGCCUUUUUUAAACCUACUUCAAGGCAGGGAGUUCUACACUGCUAGAACUAAACUUGGUUUCGUAGCAUGAAACACCCACUUCAUUGUAGGAGUUUGGUACCCCCCCUGAAUAGAAAGUUAAUCCAUUGUCGGGGCAACCCUCCCCCCCCAAAAAAAAAAAGAAGUGUAUCUGUUAGUUGUUGGGCCUUUUCACAAACCAAAAUGACAGAUUUCCCUACCCUGCCAUAUACUUCAACAAGUAAAAUCCCUACCCUUUUAUACACCUGAGGCCUAAAAAAGGUACCCCUUUCGGGUGGAGCCUCCCCAUACAGGCCAUUAUAGGGAGUACCCCUGGGCUUUUUUAUUAAACCUAGAUCUACAGAUUUGAAGUUCAAGAUGCUGGGCGCGAUCCAUUCAACCAAAAUUUCCGAAAAUUUCGGUCCAAAACUCAAUGGAUCGGUUCGGUCCAACCGGAAAAGUUUCGACAAAACUGGUCCAUCUCAAAAGAUGGACCAUUUUUCCCGGUCAGACCAAUCGGGAUUUUGGUCGAAUGGAUCACGCCCAUUAACUGCUUGGCUACCACACCAGCAGAAUUAAAGCACUAACCGGUUGAUAACAAACCAAUUCAACAACCUGCUCCCAGUUGGCUUGUUAGCUAAAUUGGUAGAGCGCUGCUCCAGUAUCGUAGAGGUCAUGGGUUUGAAUCUCGUACAAGCCUGAAUUUUUCAUGCUUUCUUUUUUCAACUGCAAAAGUUGCUUCUAUAACCGUGAUGAUCUUCUUUCAUAUAAUUAAAAUACUCAUGGUAAUACCGUAAAAUUCCAAAAAUAAGCCCCUCCGUGUGUAAGCCCCUGAAACUCGUAACGCAAAAAAACCUCCGUUAAAUCGCCCCUCCAAAUAUAAGCCCCCCCCCUUUGCCCUCAAAUACAAAGUAAAACAAAGCAAAAACGGUAAAUUUACUUCCAACUAUAAGGCUAGCCCGAUCGAUUUUGAAACGCAAAUUUCCCUCCAUAGAUAAGCCCCUCCGAAUAUAAGCCCCUCCAAAAAUAAGCCCCUCAAAAAGGGCCUUUGAAAAAUAUAAGCCCCAGGGCUUAUUUUCGGAAUUUUGUGGUACAAUAUUCCACCCACGCCAGAAAAAAGGGGAAGAAAAAGAAAAUUACUCAACCUCCUGAACAAUGAGAUAUUUUGACUAUGUGUGGCAGUAAAUAAAAAUUGGAUUAGGCAGGUUGUUUUGAUAUGAGUAACCACCUUUCCUAAUGAAACGAGUUUCGAAAGAGGCUUUUAACUUAUUUCAGUUCAGCUUGGAAAAAACUAGUAACCCAAGGUAAUAAGGUAGCCAACAUUUUUCAUCAGCUCUCGUUAUUAUAUUGAAACACUGUAAAUAAAUGGGCAUUUUUUUCUUGCAUUUUUAGACACUGAACAUGAACGUAACGCUCUCAUGGAGCAUGUUUAUCCAAAGCUAAGGGACUUUUGUGAGAAGACAGGUUAUGAGUUUCAGGUAAACAGUAUGUAAUAAAUGAUGUCACGCGUGUGUCUUUAAUUUUACGUCUACUGGAGUGUCAUGCUUGAUAGAUAAAGUAUCUGUCAAAUCCAUGGAAUAGAAUGUGACUUUUUCAGAGGAAGUUGAUAAAGAUUUCAGGAUCUACUAGGUGUCCAGUUCAGCAUAUCUUCGAGUUUCUUGGAUUAGGCAGUAAGAAUAUAAUCAUUUUCGAAUGACUAGCAUAAAAUCAUUUGUCAGUUUAAACAGACCGUGGGCAUACAUUUUCUGGUCUGAUCAUGAGUUCGUCAUAGCUUUGAAUUUUCAUGUACUUUAUUGGUGAAGCCUUCAUUGUACCACUGCUUACAAUGCUGCAUUUCUUUUGAUCUUAACAUUUCUGAAGUUGAUCCGUUUGAUUGCACCUUCGUUUGUUUGAUUCAUUCAUUCAUGUCAUUCAUUCACGCGUUUGUUCGUUCGUUUUGUUCAAGCGGGUGGCGGAUCCAGUGGGGGGCCCGGGGCCCGGACCCCCCCGCCUCCCCCAUCAGACCUAACGCUGUUUGAGACUGAAAUUCCUACAUCCACAGGAUCGUAUAUCACUUUGUAACCGGCUGAUUUUUUU